AUGGCCCACUCCCCAGCAAGUUGUAUGAUUCUAUUGCCAGCUUGCCUCUCCACGAGCUCACAGCCUACAAGUGUUGAGGACAAGCAUGUCAUCGAAGCUGAGGACAAGCACACCGCUGAAGCUGAGAACGAACACUAUCAAGCACACAUCAAACACUGGCCGUUUGCCAAGCAGAUUUUUGGGUAUUUGCUCAGGCAAGAGGACUUCCCAGUCCUCCCUGACGUGGUUGUUAGAGUACCCGGAAUCACAGAGCCAGAGUGGCAGGAUUUGAAGGCGCAGACACUGGACAAACCAGACAUUCUACGCUACUUUUGGUUUAGAUACAACACUGACAUGGGGACCGUCACCGUGGGGUCAGCUUUAUUCAUACAUCAAGCAAUCGCCGGCAGCAUAAGGGACGGUGUGUGUGGAGACGUCUUGGAGCCCAUUGUCACCAAACACCCACUCCAAGGUUCCCUUGCACUGGAAGAUGGUGCGAUGCUCAUCGUGCACAACCACCACAUUGCAGUACUGGAUUUCGUCCAAGCCCGCCUCUUUGAAGUGGGAAGGAAUGGCAUCAAGGUGAACUGCAAUACAUACAGCAUAGUGUUUGAGGGGGCGGGGGCUCAGACACAUGUGGACAUGUUGCGGAAGAUACUAUGGGCUGACCUUGUACAGACCGUUGAUGGGAUGGUUGUCGAGGAGAACAUGCAGUUGAACCUUGGGGCUGAACAGUCUGAUGUUCCACUCAUGGCACCCACAGCCCCACCACCAUCUGACAGCCUGCAGGAUGCCAACAUCGACAUGCAGGACAUGCCCGUAGAUGGCGCUAGAACACCUGUGCACGGAGCCGUCCUGGGACUUGCCGCCGGUGUGGAUGACAGCUACGACACCAAUGCACUGACAUCAUUGCCCAACCUCACCAACACUGCGUCAUCACGUAAAUCCGAUGAAGACAUGAAUGAUGGUUGGUCUUCUUCAGACCCCGUUGACACAUUGGAUGUCACCGUCAACACCCUGGACGUUGCCGUCAACACCCCGGAUGUUGCCGUCAAUGUCCAGGAGAACAACGGCAACAUCUCGGAUGGCAAAAUCAAUGGCAAACACCACCAUGUCACCAACGUAAUGUUUGUUGUUGCUGACAUAGAGGAAGGCCCAAGGGUGGCACCCGAGGGUAUCAACAUCAACAGUGAUGCAUGGGUGGAGCUGCUGUGUCCGGCAGGUCACAUCUCUGGAGGCUGGGCCAAGAACGGUGUCAUCCACUGCGGACCCAUUGAAGUCUAUUUGUGGUCCUUCCAAGGUGUGGACGACUACCACUACCUCUUGCAGCACUACAUGGAUCCCAUUGAGAAGUGGGUAGAAGACCACCAUUGCGUGAAGCUGCGUAAAAUGUAUGCGCCUGGCCUGCAGACCAAACACCUGCAGAUGUUCCGCAAGCAUUGGGAAUGUUUUGUGAAGUAUGAUUUACACAGUGCAGAGGUAUAUUACCUUAAUCUGAAGACCACUGAAGAAGUGGAGACCAAUGUACAUGAAGAGAUAGAUCCAGAUCUUGGUCGUGUACGAGCCUUCCUCCAACAUGUGCACGAGCUACUGCUGGGAUCGUUAGCCAAGCCGUCGCACCAACUCAAUGGUCCUGAACAUUCGUCCACGGCUGGCGCACAUAGCGAGCUCUCUUUGCUCAUUGUACCAUCCACUGGGGUAGACACUGAGUCGGAAUAUGGAUGGGGCAGCCAGGAACUAGGAGGGUCCCGGGACAGGCUACCAUUGAUGUCGGAAAAGUGUUUGGCUAUCUCAUCGUCCAUUGUACAGCUUCUGGACACGAGGACUGGAGCCGGUGACGUGCAUACCAAGGUCACCGCCGUAAAGUGCAUCUUGAUUGUGUUGAUCCCAUGUGUAAGAUCAACAGCCACGCCGGGUACUUCGUUGAGUACGCCAGACGUGUUGUCAUUCUCUUCGGCAACAGCUAGCCAGGUGCAGAUUCAUGCACGUUGCCCGUUAAGACAGCGCAUCUGCCUUGAUGCGCAACCGGUCGUUCGAGGUGGGCGCCCGGGUCGAAGUGAAGUUGUGGGCGAGGUAGUAGUGAUCGAGCAUGCUGGGCAGUGGGACACGCCUGAACCAUCAGUCUUCAGGGUGAUGUCACCUGAGUCAAAACGAUAG